AUGGCAUCUGAUUCGAAAACAGCAUCUAAUCAUGUAACAAAAGAAAUCGAAUCACGUAUAAAACAAAUACCAGAACAUCUUUUUGAAGCUUUUCUUGAAAUUCGUGAACCAAUCGAUAAUGAAAUACCGGAAGUAUCAAUAAAAUAUCCAAAUGAUUGUUCGGAGGAAAUACUUAAAACUGCAACAAAUUUUGCUUAUCCAUGCAAAAUACCAGCAGAUGAACAAAGUGAACAUUUUACAUUUGUAGUACUUGAUACGACUAGUACAUCAUUUCGUUUUGGUUAUUGUCGACGAUCAAAUCGAGAAGCUAGUUGUUUAUGUAUUAUCAGUUAUUAUCCAUGGUUUGAAAUAUAUUAUAAAAUUCUCGAUGAUUUAGCACAAAUAAUUAAUUCGAAAUCAACUGCAGAUAUGGAACAAUUUUUAUCAUCAUUAUUUAAUUAUAAAUUAAUGUCGAAUGAGGAAUUUUUUAGAAAUGAAGGAAAAGAAAUGAUUGAAAUCAAUGGUCUUUCAAAGAUUUAUACAUAUAAUCGACCUGAUUCAAGAAAACUUCCUUCAAUGCUCUCUAGUCGUAAUUUUACUGUGAUGUUUUCACGAUUGGGUCCAGAAAUAAUGUUACGUCUUUUUGCACAUUUAAUUUUCGAACGACGUAUUCUAUUUGUAUCAUCAAAACUUUUUCAUUUAACUGCAUGUUCAUAUGGAUGUUUAGAUUUAAUUUAUCCCAUGCAUUGGCAAAGUAUUUUUUUACCAAUAGUUCCUACUUCAAUUUUAUGGACUACUGCAUGUACUUCACCGUAUAUACUUGGUGUUCAUUCAAGUGUAUUUCCAACAUUAAAUAUGAAUGACUUAGGUGAUGCAGUCAUAGUAAAUAUUGAUGAAAGAAAAUUAGACUCGCAAUAUGAUGAUCUUAAUUCGUUUCCAAAAUAUUUAAUACGAAGUAUGAAAAAAGGUAUUCAACAAUCAUCACAAUUAGCUGGAGAUCAUUUAGCAAGAGUUUUUCUUCGAGCUAUGGCAUUUACAAUUGGUAAUUAUGCAAAUGGAUUUACACUUAAAAAUGAAAAAUUAGAUUUUGAUCGAGAUCUUUAUCUUGAACAAUAUCUUGGAUCUCAUGUACAUUCAUUUAUGUCUACUAUCGCUAAUACACAAAUGUUUGAACAAUUUUCACGUUAUCGAACAUUUUUACAACUUGAACGUGAGACUGAUGUUGAUGAAUUUGAUAUUGAAGUAAAAAAUUUACAACAACUUCAACAAUCAAAAAAGGCAGCUAAUCCACUUUUUGAACAAGUUCAAAACAAAGCCGAAAAAUUUCAAACAGUUAUAAAUAAAGCCGGACAACGAGUAGCUAGUGAAGCAUCAUCGGUUAGAAAUAAUUUAACAUCAUUCGAUAUUAAUGAUGUGAUUAAACGUACAUACAAUUCUAAAGCUAACGAUUCUAAUGGAACCAAUCAUCUAAACACAACAAAGCCUAUUCAUCAGUCUAGUACACCUGAUCUAUACAAUGAAAAAUCUAUACCCUACGAGAGAUUUACUUCUCAAGACAAUAUAUCUUCACCUGAACCAUUACUAAUCAAUGGAGAUCAAAUAUCCUCAUCAUCAUCAGAUUCAUCACAUUCAUCAACUCCUGAACUUAAUCGAUAUAAGAAUGCACCAUUAAUAAAUUUAGAUAUUGAUGAUAAUCCAUUAUUACCAUCACCGAUUACUUUAAAUGUAAUUUAUACUCCACUUGCUACACCAGUUCAACGUCAAGUUCCACAAAUAGAUUCAAAAAUAAAACAACUACAAAGUGAAUUACAAUAUAAAGUUCAAACAUUUGAUGGAAAACGUACGGAUCCUCGAGAUGAGUAUGGUCAACAACAAACAGAAAUAAAAAAACUUGUUAAACAAUUUGAUCCACUUGAUGAUGAUACAAAUUAUUUAAAUAAGCCAACUAAAAAUGUUAAUACUUCAUUUACUUCAAUGCCUGUUACCUUUCGUCCCACUGAAAAACCAAUAUCAAAUACAGUCGAUCGUCAUCCAUCUAUCUAUGAAACAAUUCCAACAAAUCGUGUGACAGCUGUAUUAAAAAAUAUUCAAACAAAUUAUGGUACAACUAAUCGAUUUACUCUAAGACCAACUUAUUCAAUGCAACAACCACAAAGUAAUAAUAAUAAUAAUAAUCUAGUUCGUUUUUCUCCUGCAUCAACUGCACCUGCUUCGUUAUUUCCAAAAAUAUGUUCAACUAUUCCAGAUGAUUCAUCAAGUUUUGAUCCAUUAGCACCAUCGAAAGAGGCAAUUUUAUAUUCAAAUAUUCCAUCUACAACGUCACCCAAUGGAUCAAAUUUAAUUGAUUUUAGUUAA